CUUAUUUUAUUACAACUUGGGUCAGGUCAAGGAUAACUAGAAAGUAGCUGGUUUGUUUCUCCCCAUUUGUACUUCAAAUUUCCCUGUACAAAAACAAGAAAUUGAAAUGACUCUUGUUGCCUCUGAUCUGGUUCCAGUGGGGGGUCAAUCUAAUUCUUGCAACGAAAUGAAGCCACAAGAAGAUAUUGAAGUGAAAAAGGAGCAAGAGGUUACCAAUGGUUGUGGUGAAAAUCUGGUAUCUUGCAAGGAAGGUGCUGAUUUGUUGGAGAAAAAAGGGGUCCAUCCUCUUUGGACACCCAGUUCCAGGCCCACAAUUAUGGCAACUUCCGGACCAAAUGCCACCAUUCCUACUCCGGAUCAGCUUACCAUCUUCUAUGGUGGAAGUGUUGUCGUGUUUGAUGCAAUUCCUGCAGAAAAGGUCCAAGAAAUUAUGCUUAUAGCUGCUGCUGCUGCUGUCAAACCUGUUGACAUGAAGAAAAGUGGGUCUCCUGAUGGUACACCAGUUCUUACAAGGUCUCCUUCAAUGCAAAGUACUGCUGCCCCACAUGCCCAAGCCUAUAGUCGUCAGAAUUCCUUUUGCAGAAUGCAAGCUGAAUUACCUAUUGCUAGGAGACAUUCUCUGCAGCGAUUCUUCGAGAAGCGUCGGGACAGGCUGGUGAGCAAAAGCCCGUAUCCCACUUCACCGGAAGGAAAAGAGGCAGACACCACAAAAGCUGGUAUCAGUGCUGCACCUUCACCAGAUGCAGGUUGCUUUGGAAAAUCUCUUGCAUCAGACGAACUUCAACCAAAGGUUGCUUCCAACCUUGCUUGACCGAUGCUAAAGGCUUCUCAUGUAUCAUGGAAAACUGUUGUUAUAUUAGGUUCUUAACCUUGUUGUAUUGCUCGUGCAAGAUGUCAAGCGCAGUGGUGGUGAAGAUUUUUUGGUUACUUUUGGAUGCAUUGGACAGCAUGUACAAUUUCUCAUUGAAACUAGUGGGAUUUUGUGCACAUGUCUGCCCCUUGCAGCAAAAGGCACUUGUAAUGUCUUCUGAACCAGCGCCUUUUGGACGAUUACUCGUGUUAUAAUGAACUGUGGAAAACAAAUGACAAACAUUUGACGUGUGUGUGGUUUGCUUGUUAAUGGAACCUCUCUAGUGUUGUGCUGGCCA